GAGAAUGGCGACACGGGUCACUACCACCCGCGAUUCGGGGCGCACCUUUGGCCAAGAGGAGUACAGUUUGUACAGCAGCCUGAGUGAGGAUGAGCUCAUUCAGAUGGCGGUCGAGCAAAGCCUCACUGUGUCGCCUUCUUCCUCCGGUCAGCCUCCUAGUUCGACAGUGCAGACCCACCCCAGAGCCCGAGCCCAGGCUCAGGUGAAUCGUCCAGCGGUUCAGACUUCUGGAGCCCAGCCAUGUCCCAAGAACAGGUCGCCUCUGACCAGCGCUGCUCCCACAGCGAACCCUCCGAGAACAGCUUACUACAGGAGAUACGACGGCAGACUCUUCCCUGUCUCCAAGCCGGCAGCGGAGCCUGACCCUGUCACCAUUGCGAUAAGUAAUGGUGAUGAAGAAGCCUUGAAAAAAAUGAUACAAAUGGGGAAGAAACUUUCUGUGCCAAAUCCAGAUGGUUGGAUCCCUCUGCACGAAGCUGUCUUUUACAACAAGCCAGGCUGUGUGAAAUUGCUACUGUCAGCUUAUCCUGGAACUGUGGAUUGUCGGACACUGGCAGAGGAAACUGCCUUGUAUUUAGCAACAGCCAGAGGAUACCUGGAGUGUAUGCUUUGUCUUCUGGAAGCAGGAGCAGAAUGUGACAUCACUAAUAAGACCAAAGAAACUGCACUCUACAAAGCCUGUGAAAAUAAAAAUGCGGAAGUUGUGAAGCUUCUAGUAAAAUUCAAUGCUGACGUUAAUCACCGCUGCAACCGUGGAUGGACUGCUCUUCACGAGGCCGUUGUACGAAAUGAUCUGGACAUCAUUGAAGCUCUUAUCACUGCUGGUGCCAAGAUUGAGGCAACAAAUGCUUAUGGCGUCACUCCAUUAUUUGUUGCAGCUCAGAGUGGACAAAUGGAAGCUGUGCGUUUUCUCAUCAAGUGUGGUGCUAAUGUCAACACCCAAGCCAGUGAUAAUGCCUCAGCGUUGUAUGAAGCCAGCAAAAAUGAGCAUACCGACAUUGUGGAAUUUCUCCUUUCACAAAACGCCGAUGCAAACAAGGGAAACAAGGAUGGCUGGCUGCCCCUUCACAUUGCAGCUGCAAAAGGCAACAUGGACCUAGUUCAAAUGUUGCUUCCAGUUACCAGUAAGGUUCGGGUGAGACGCUGUGGAAUUAGCCCUCUUCACCUUGCUGCACAACACAACCAUGUGGAUGUUAUGGUAGAGCUAAUGGAAGCUGGCUACAAUAUCAAUGCCCUCUUAUCACCUGAAAGAUCCCGACUUUUUGAAGACAAACGUACUUCUGUUUUGUACUUUGCUGUUUACAACAACAAUAUUGAGGCUACGGAAAUUUUGCUGAAGGCUGGAGCAAAUCCUAAUGUGGAUCUGAUAAACCCCCUCCUCAUCGCUAUCCGACAUGGCUCCAUCAGAAUUAUCCAGAAACUCAUGGACUACGGAGCUAACAUUAAUGCCUAUAUUCCGACACACCCCACUUCCUUCCCAGCAACAAUCAUGUUUUCUAUGAAGUACCUCAGUUUGCUAAAGUUAGUUAUGGAUUAUGGUGGUGAUGGAGAAUCUUGCUUUAAGUGUGAAUAUGGCAACCGUCAACAUCCAGAACAAGAGCAGAGAAGACCUGACAGAGAACCGGAGCGUAAACAUCCAAAAGUUGUACAAUUUUGUGAGAUUAUAUCCACAGAUGGAAUCUACAGAUGGGCUGGGCCAAUCAUUGAUGUGAUACUUGACUACGUUGGUAAUGUGACUCUCUGCAGCAAGUUGAAGGAACAUCUGGACAGCUAUGAAGAUUGGUCAACUAUCAAAGCUAAAUCAGAACCUCCGAGACCUCUUGUUCAUCUUUGUAGAAUUAAAAUUCGAAAGCUUUUGGGACGCGAAAGAUUAAAACUUAUUGAAGUGCUGCCUCUCCCUGGCAGGCUGAGAAAUUACCUGGAGUACAAUUGUACAAACGAGUUUGCAUAAACGAAGCCAUUUGCAAGGAACAACAUAAUUUACAAUAGAAAUACAUGUACAUUGCGGGACACAGAGAAAGAAGUCAGUCCACAGUCAAAAGUAUGAAAGCUGCACGUGAUUUUUGAUAUGUGACUGUGCAACAGAGCAAAAGGAAAUAAUAUUUCAUGGGAAAAUAACACAGAAGUUAAAGAUCCACCAACUAACUAUGUCGAUGAUUGACUGAGUGAAUGAGCACCAGGAGGCUGGAAAAUAAAUUCAGGAUUUUUGGAUUUAGUAAAGAAAUCUAAACCUGAGUGUUUUGAAAUGGAAACUUCCUAAAAAUGCAUUUCAUGCCAAUCAACAUGUGAAAGAAAAAAGGUAGGCUUCAUUUCGGUUGGGUCCUUUCACGAGUUCGAAUGGAAGGUUCCCCCAGAAGAGUCAGCCACUCUUUUUCCAUUGCUGCCUGAUCUACUGUGCAUUUCCAACAUUUUGUACUUUCAAAUCAGCUUUCCAAUAAAUUGCAGCAUUUUAAUCUGUAUAUACGCAAUAUGGAAAAGGUACCAAGAUUCGUGUAGAAAUAUGGAGACACAAGAGACUGAAGGUGCUGGAAUCUAAGCAACAAACGAUCAGCUGGACAAACUCAGCAGGUUGAGCAGC